AAGUGUAUUUAAUCUUCUUAUGAAAUGCGUCAUUAAACGCAACACCAUUUCUACUAUUAUUUUAUUGCAACUGCUGAGAGUUCAAAUUUUCAGAUGGUUUGGGUUUAACAACAACAACAACAACAAAAAUGCGAUGAAUUUUAAAAACACUAAAUCCCCAUUAAGAAUUUGCAAAUUUAAAAAAAACGAAAGUGCGCCCCUUAGCGAUUAUAAUAGCAAUCUGCAUCCCAGCCUCAGCAGCGAAGGAUCAAGAGAAUGCGCUCAAUCGCUCCUGGCGCAGUCCAAGCGCUCAUUGAGUCUCCAAAGGAUGUGCUAAAUCGGCCCCAAAUUGGAGAACACACCACCGUGGGGACAUUACAAAACUAUUCCUGACGGACAUUUCUCUCUCUCUCAAAGAGGACCUGGGCCUCCAUUUUAAAGCUGCCAGCAUGAUGAAGGAAUGCCUGCAGUUCCUCAUUGAACCGGCCAAAAAGCUCAAGAGCCGACUGAAGCAGUCCCGGAAGCGAGUGAGGCUGGAAAAAAAAGAGCUGCUGGUGGAGAGUCAAUUAUUCAUCAUGGAGCUGGCCCGAGAACUCAGCAAAAUUUGCCAGAGGGCCAAUUUUCUUCAACACAUUUGGACCAGUGAGGACGUAUGGCCAGCCAACUUGUGCCGGGACUUUAUUGUGGAGUGGGCUACUGUGCUGGAGAGGAAAGUGCAGCCCAAAGUCAGCCUGCCAGACUGCCAGUACCACAGGCCGGAGAAGAUUGACUGGAGGGGUCACCUACUCUGUAUCCUGGAGGCAGUAGAGGAGUGCGAUAUGGGGCCUCACAAGCGGGUCAUCAUGGAGUGGACCCGGGAAAUUAAAAGCAGGCCUCAACCCACCGUGUGGCCCGGUGAGCCGGUACUCAUGAUACUGGACGACUUGGAGUUUCAGUGGAAGAGGGGACGUCUGCCCAAUCUGCUCCCUGCUGUGGAGCUUGUUAUGCUGGCUGUGCUGAACGCAGACAGCCUUAUUAAGGAGGACGUGACCAAGGAAUGGCUGCUCAGAAAGCAGAGAAUCCAGAACGUGGAUGCUGUCCACUACAUACCCCAUGGUGUGUGGAACUGGAUCUGUGAGGCCUCAGAGGACGUGUUGCUGGACCCAGACUCGGCCAACCCAGAACUGCUGAUCUCCAUUGACCAAAAGAAGAUGCGAUGCGGGCUAGAGCGCCGUGACGUCCCGUGUGGCAAUGGCCGCUUCGACAGCUGGUUGUGCGCUGCAGGCCAGCAGGGCUUCACCUCCGGACGCCACUACUGGGAGGUGGAAGUGGGCCAACGGGACUGGCGCCUGGGUGUGGCUAAGGGGUCCGCCGUGAGGCGAGGUUUCCGCUCUCUCAACACAGACACGGGCUACCUGACCCUGCGCCUGGAGAGGGGUAAGGACCUCAAGGCCUUGACGGUGCCCGCUACCUCUCUCCCUCUGAGCCUGGCGCCCAGGAAAGUGGGGGUCUACUUGGACUACGAGCAGGGUCAGUUGUCCUUCUAUGACGUCGACAAGCGCUCCCACGUGUACACAUUUAAUGACAAGUUCACCGAGGAUAUCUUCCCCAUAUUCGGGACUGUGGAGGUGCUCAAGGACCUGGUGAUCAGGCCAGCGAGGGUCAAACAACACUGCCUCUGCCCUGGGCCGUGCCUCUGGAACUGAACUACACCACAUCACACAGCGCUUUUAGGAGGCAGUCAAAAAGUAACGAGCCCAAUUUAAUUCAACCUGACAAUCAGAGAUUUCUGCUCCCCAGAAAAUUUGUAGUUUAAAUACUUUAAAUCUGUAUUCUCACUGUCAGCCAUUUUGGAAAUGGCAUCAUUGUUUGAUGCCCAUCAGAAGCUGAGAGCUGUGAACUGGAUUUUUUUUUUUUUUUGCUUUGGAUGGGGAAUAACUACUAAAGAUUUUCAAAAGGCUGCAAAAGAUGUACGGGCAAGCUGGAAUAGCUGACUGCAUCGUAAAAAAAAAAGGAAAAAAAGAUUUAGACUUGCCUAUAGCUGCCACAUGAUGGUGACAAAGCACCAUUUUAGUUUAAAUGAAAAACCUCAUUUUACUUCAACACCGUUCCUAAGAUGCCACAAAAUGUGCCAAACUAAUCCUUUUCAUUUGGAACAGGAGAGUUGGAGCCCAUUCCAUCUGUCAUUGGGGAGGAAGCGGGCUACACCCUGAACUGGUUGCCAGCCAAUCACAGGGCACAUGGAGACAGACAACAGUUACGAUCACAACUAGGGUCAAUUUAGAGUGUCUAAAAAUGUCAGGAAAAUGAAAACAACUCACUCUGGUUCAUCAGGCAGGAGGCGGGGUACACCCUGAACUGGUUGUCAGCCAAUCGCAGGGCACAUGGAGAUAGACAACAGCCGCACUCACAAUCACACCUCGGGGCGAUUUAGAGUCACCAGUUACUGCAUGUUUUUGGGAUGUGGGAGGAAACCAGAGUACCCGGAAAAAACCCACGCAGGCACGGAGAGAACAUGCAAACUCCACACAGGUGGGGCCGGGAUCAAACCAAGGACCUCAUAACCGUGAGGCCAAUGCUCUAACAAGUUGCUCACCGUUCCACCUAAAAAAACAUCCAUCCAUCCAUUCGCCAAGCCACUUAUCCUCACAAUAGUCACAGGAGAGCUGGAGCCUCGCCCAGCCAGCUUCGGGUGAAAGGCGGACUACACCCUGAACUGUUUGCCAGUCAGUCCCAGGGCAGAUAUCAACACAAUCCAUGAGCGGCAAUAGAUGCCACACUGCCCGCACCAAAGUCAGGCAUGUGUACCACUACACCAUCAGUGAUUCUCUAAAAAAAAAGAAAACAUAAAAUCUUCAAAAAAAAAAAAAAAACAAACCAUUACACUCACCAGAGUUGCUAAUUAUUAAAUGUAUUAAUGCGCGCGGAUUGCUCCAGAUACGUUUGGUAGUCAAAAUUGGCUAAAACAAGUUUUGCUACAAUCAACCAAUCAGAGGACAGAAAAAUUCUGACUUCUUUGAUGGCCAGCUCACAAUAUGAAAAUUCGCCUAACUAUAGCAAAGUUUCUUUGGCUAUUAUAAUUUAACUUCAUUAUCCAGCACGACAGGUUUUGAAGGCCCUUCUAGAAUUAUGUCCCCUCACACAAAUGGUGAAAUCUGAUAGGACAAAGGGAAAAAAAAGAAGAUACUGAUUCACUUCCAUACUAAAUAACGCAAUAUCAAAUACUUAUUCCUGGGCUGUAGCCAUCAUAAAACCUUAAUUAACUGUAGAGGCAAUGUUUUAAGUACAGGGGGUCUUCAGUUUACCAUAAAGUUCUAUUCCCGUAAUGGUGACAUUAAAUGUGAAAUUCUUCAACUUCUGUGGUUCCAUUGUCUCCAAAAUGUAGAUAGAUGGGCUUGAUUCCCCACCGGGUUACAUCCUGGAUCAUGGAGUGAAAUACAGUAUUUACAUUCUAAUGCCCAGUGUACAAUAUCUUUUCAACUUAAUUGCCUUUUAUACAGUUUAAAUUUUGGAAAGUUUUGUUGUAUUUGUAAAGUUUUUUUUUUCUUUUGCAGGGUGGAUUUCUUUUUUUGUACAUGGGGGUUGCUAAACAUGCUGACAUAAGUGUAACUGUGGUUUUCCCCAAAGCAGCUUUGGGAGAAAAAGCGCAAGCCGAAGCCGACAAUGUGCAUGUCCACAGAAUUUCACGUCAUAAGAUGAAUUCUGCUUUGCUUGCGUUUUGCUGAGUGUUUUUUGCAUCACUGCCAAUGCCCCCCAGAACCCUCCGCCUUCACCAAUAAAUAAGCAGAAUAGAACAGAUCAUUUCUAUCUUUAUUAAGUGCAAUAGAUGUGACGAAGAAAAUACAGAGGCAACCGCAUCAGUGUAAAAGUGAUAACAUUUUUUUCAAACCCAUCCAUUUAUCCAUUAGGUCCAACAUAUCAAAAGUUUUUAUAAAAGACAAACAUAGACUGAAGUUGAAAUACAACUUGACUAUAUUUGUGCUCGAACGCAAAUACAAUCUUUAUGUCUUAUAUUCAAUUCCUCCAAUUGAACACCUCUUACUGCAUGAGAACAAUGAAAACGCAACAGUAGUACAAAGAAUUGUAUAUAUCAUACAUUGAGUAUAAACAUCUUGUAAAAUGUGAAACAAAAUACAAUUUAUGAAAUCGUUUGUAGAAAUGUCAAUACAGCAGAAAUAGCACAAACUUACUUUAACGGGUAUAAAUUUGGCAUGUUUGUAUUACUUUAUUUGAUUAGAUUGUUUAAUUCUAAGCACAAUACUCCCUUAAUGUGCCGCACUGACGAUAAAACCAAUUGAGGGAAUUAAUAAACCUUCGGAAUAAUCCACAACAUACGUUAUUAGUUAUUGUGGUUUUCUAAAUAUGACAAAACAAAAAAGAUUUAUUGAACUAGGGUUGCAAGGGCGUCGUGUCAUUCUGGAUUAACCACAGUCGAGAUUACCUGUAUACUUUUAAUGUAUGUACACUAUGUGUGCGUGACUAGAAGUGAAGUUGUUUAUACGACAGAAAACCUGGAUGAACAAGAACAAGUGCUCAAACUUUGUAACAGACGCAACCAAAUGGCCUCCUCGCCAUUUUAUUAUUAGCAUAACAGUGUAAAUGUUUCAUUUUAUUUAUUUUUUUGGUACCACAAUCUCUCACGUGCAUCAUUAUGAAUACAUACUGUACAUCAAGCAUUUGUGAGCUCUCUGACUCUUUUUAAAAGAGAAUCUGAAAGAUUUGGACCAUUAGAAUGCAAAUCGAUACAAAAAUGAGAAAUGGAAGCAGGUUAUUUUAGGAUUCGUAAAACAUCUUCUUUGUGACGGUGGUACC